AUGCCGGUUUCAACGUUGCGGCGGACGCAUACCCUUUCCCGAAUCACAAAUGAAACCAAGAUUCAGGUCUCCCUAUCACUGGACGGAGGCUCGCUCCUUGCAUAUGAACCCUCGCAACAUUUCUCUUCAUCUAUUCCUCCAGCCCAGCAACAGACGCACCCAGAUGUUCUAGUGCCAUUACCCACAUCUCACCAUGCAACACAAAUAACCCCCACCCAGCAGAUUGCCAUUUCUACCGGCAUUGGAUUUCUAGACCAUAUGCUCCAUGCACUUGCAAAGCAUGCAGGCUGGUCUCUAGCUAUUCGAGCUUCCGGAGAUCUCAUCAUCGACGACCACCAUACUACUGAAGAUGUCUUUCUCGCACUCGGGUCCGCAUUCAACGCUGCACUAGGCAAACGGGCCUCUCUCGUUCGUUUUGGUCGGGGCGACGCGCCACUUGAUGAAGCUUUGUCGUGGGCCGUCAUUGAUUUGUCCAAUCGGCCAUACAGUGUGAUCGACUUCGGAUUCACCAGGGAAAAAAUCGGUGACCUCAGCACGGAAAUGCUCACGCAUGGGUUAGAGAGUUUUGCUCAAGCCGCAAGUGUGACAUUGCAUGUCAACUGUGUAUAUGGACACAACAACCACCAUAGAGCAGAGAGCGCCUUCAAGGCCCUUGCUGUUGCCUGCAGGCAAGCGUGUGAGAGGAGACCCGAGGGCGCUGUAGGCAGCGGAGACGUGACGAGUACCAAAGGGGUCCUUGGCUCAAGUGUGAAUGGCUAG